CGGUUGGGAAAGUCUGUAUCACAAGGCGGCAGGCGACUACAAUAAUGGAAACUUCAAGGAAUCUUACAAUAACUAUUUGAGGGCAGCUAACGCGUUACUCUACAAACUUAGUCAUGAAGUAACGUUUGCUAAUAAAGAUGGACAGGGGAUUAUCCGUAGAGUGUCCACAACCUUUCGAUUUUUAGAUGCCGUGAAAUCUAAGCCAAACAACAGCGCCCGUUUGUUUCAACAGCUCAAGUCUUGUGUGCAAAGACUUGAAGAGAUCCUUCAGAAUAGAGCGACAAACGGCAUGCCUUCACCAAAACUUUCUAUUACCUCGGACAUUGCCACUUCAAUCCUAACAAACAACCCCCACCCUACGCAUUUGCCCCUGAUUCCUUUCUCUCCGCUCACUCGACAAGCGAUAUCCUACGCCCACGAACUUGCCACCAUCUCCCAAAAGGUAUCAGUCGCAACCCAAAAAAGUGAGAAUAACGGUGAUAGCCUUGCCUCUAUUCGUAAGCUGAACGAGGAGCUUCGUCAACAGAGGACUAGACUUGAUAUGGUUAACAAUCAGAUUCAAUCCAUUUGUGAAGUUACGCUUUUGCACUGGGAUUUUAACGCAGUAGCACAACAAUUGACCAUAAUUGACAGUCAAUUGUAUAGUAAAGUGGAAUUCCGAAAGGACAUGCUGUCCAAGGAUCGAAAAAAUUCAAAGGCACAAGCAUGCUUGGAUUUUCAUCGAUACCUGACAAACAGUUUCACCCAUCAGUUUAUUAUUUAUGCCGAUACAUCUCGACCCUUGGAAAAUCAAUCGCGUAGCAAUUCGCACGCCAGGGAGAAUAUAAUUGUGCAAGCUAUCAGAGUAGCCUACCUCUUGUUAAACGUUCAUCGCAAUUUCAAUAGUUUUACAGCUUUGGUGAAAGCCCUUACUUCACCUGAAGUACGUAGGAUAAGACGAUUAUGGCUCAACCUUCCACAUCGCAUGAGUCAGAAUCUGAAAGAACUGUCGUCGUUUGUUAAAAAGGAUAAUGAUUACAAGGUAUACAAGGAUGCGCUCGUCCAAAAAAUGUCAGAUUUUCGAGACAUCGGUCCAGGAAUGAUUGUCAUCCCAUGGAUGCAACCUCAUUACGAAGAAAUCAAGACGAUCAAUCAAUCAUACUCCAGUGGAAAGUCGGGAGAUUCUAAUGAAGUCAUACUUUCCCAGCCAGGUGCACUUAAAUUGGAAUCUAUUUUCACGCUCCUGGAGAGAUGUCAGGGAAAUCAUGCCUCAGAUGAAGGAGAGGAACGAGGUUCUGGACGAAAAGGAUCACCAUCCACAUCGCGCAUUAAAGAUCCUAUCGUUAUUGACGGUUCCAAGAUUCCGCUACCGUUGGAUCUUUCAUGCUUGGGUUUCGGUGAUUUGGGAUUGCAUCAUUGGCUUGUCUCACGUGUCUUCUUGACCAAACAACAAUUGAUCGAUGAAAGCAUCGAGAUUGAACCUCUGGCCGAAAAUGAGCAACUUCCCUGC